AUGCAAAUAGAUGAAUUGCCGGUUGGAUAAUAAAAAAAGAAUUUUAUGUUAGAGGAGUUCCCCCCAGGUAAUUUAAUUAUUAAACUAAUAGAUUUUGAUCCUUAAUAAUAAGAAAAAGUUGAUUUACCCUUAAAAUAAAGAAUUAAAUCAAAAGUUUGGAAAGUAAGGCUUUAAGCUUAUGAAGAAUUAGUGAACGAUGAAGAACUUGAUUGUGAAUGUCUAAUAUCUAUAAUUUAAGAUAAUCAUGUUUAAUGUUAAGAGAAAGCGCUUUAGAUAGCAUUAAAAUAUUUUGAAAAUCACAACUAAUUAGAGUCUUCAUAAUAAAAAGAAAUAAUAAAAGUUUUAUUAGAAAAAGUGUUAACACAAUAAAAAUUAAAAUAACUAGGUCAUUAGGUAACAGUCUAACUUUUUCCUACAUGUAAAUCAGCUAUUUUUGAAGUCAUUAUUUUAUAAAUGAUGCAUAAAAAUCCAAAAGUUGUUUAAGCAACAAUUGCUUUAUUAACAGAAUUAUUAUAAUAAUAUGGUCUAAAAAAAUUAGACAACUUAAAACCAUUUUUUCCUGUAAUGUCUAAAUUAACAGAAGCUUAAUAAAGCACUGUUAAAGCUGAUGCUAUAGCAUUUUACAAAGAAGUAACAAGAUGGUAUGGAAAAAAUAUAGAAGCAUUUUUUGGAGGUUUAAAUGAUAAAUUGUAACAAGAUUUGAAAAAAUUAGCUGAAACUAUAACAGAAGUUUAAAAAGCACCAAAUUAAGAAGCAGAUGCUGAUACUAAUAAUUAAGAAUUAUAUGAUUUAGUUGAAGCUGUUGAAGUUUUUUAAAAAUAUACAGAUUCUUGGUGUGAAAAAGUAUUUUAAAUAGAAAAAUGGUAAGAAAAAAAAGAGUAAUUAGACAAUCUAUAGAAAUCAUGUUCGGUUCCUAAAAUAUUACCAUCUCCAAAUAUAUAUUCAGUUGUAUAAUUAUUAAAAAAAUUAUUGAAUGAAUAAUAAAUGAUUAUAAGUACCUAAUGUAUCAAAAUAAUUGGAUGUAUGGCUAAUGGUUUAAGAAAAAACUUUAAUUAAUAUGCUAAAAUAAUCAUGCUUCCAGUUUUAACUAAAUUAAAAGAUAAAAAAUAAAAUAUUGUUGACGAGACUAUUGCAACUAUUAAAAAACUCUUUUAUAGUUGCAAUCUUGAUGAAUUAUUUGAAGAACUAAAAGCUUUGUUAGAAGACAAAGCUCCAGGUCCAAAAGUUAAUGUUUUUAUUAUUAUUGAGCAUUAUUUAGAUGAGACAUCACGGGAUAAAUUGAAUAAACUUUAAUGUAUUAAAUAAUUGAUUCCAAUUUGUAAGAAAUUUUCAGAUGAUGGUAAUGCAGAUGUAAGAACUAAAUCAGUCAUGUUAUUGGCUAAAAUUUCAGCUAAAUUAUUUAGUGGGGCGAUGGCAACAGAUUUAAAAGGUGAUAAAUAUAUUAAAUAUUAAAACUAAGUAAAUAUAUAUAUGGAAGGUAUUAAAGCAAUUUCAGGAAAAGAUUUUCUAUAACCAUUAUAAUAGUUAUAAUUACAAUAAUAAUAAUAACAACAACAAUAAUAAUAAUAACAACAAUAAUUACAACAACAAUAAUAAUAAUAAUAAUAAUAAUAAUAAUAAUAAUAAUAAUAAUAAUAAUAAUAAUAAUAACAAUAAUAAUAAUAAUAAUUACUUAAUAAAGAAAAUUUAUAAUUAUAAUAAGCUACCACAAUUACUCCUAAUUCAUCAAAAUAAUAAUUUUUAUAAACUAAUUUAAAUAAACCUCUUUAAAUAAAUUAAUUAAAUACCCUUGAUAUCUAAGAGUUAUAAUAUUCAUCAACAAUGACACCUAAUUAAGUAGAUGUUUUUUUAAAACAAUACAAAUCUGCAAAAAAUAAAGACUAAAAUGAAUUAGGAAAUAUUUUAUUAUAAAUUACUUAAUAAUCAAAAUAUAUUUUAAGUGUCACUAUGGAAUUUAUAAUAGAUAAAAUGGCAGAGCAAAAAUCUUUAUGUUAUUAAUUAUUUGAUAAAUGUGCUCAGAUAUAUAAACCUAAUCAUCUAACCCAGCUAAUAACAACCUUUAAAAAUGCUUCAACUCAAAGUUAACUUAUAGAAGUUCUAAAUAUUUUAUUAAAAUACAUUCCCUAAAGUGAAAAAAAUAUAGACUAAUAAAUUAUUUAAGAAUUUCUUAAGAAUUAUUAGCAUUUGUCUAAUCUGAAAACAAGAUCCUUAGUUUAAGAAUGUCAGUUAGCAUUAAAGUCAUUAUUUGACAUUAAAAAAAUCUAAUCAUAAGAAAAACCAACAUUGCCUUUUCCUUUAAACACAUUUAGUGAUUAGCAUUUUGAAAGAAUUAAGGAAUAAUUAAGAGUUCCUUAAAUUCCUUAAAAUUUAUAUGAAAAAAUGUUUAGCUAUAACAUAUAAUAAAAUUAACUAGCAGCUUCUUAUAUCAAAACAAAAAUGACUUUACCUGAUGAAUUUAGUGAAAUUAUUUUUAAAUGGGCAUAUCUAAUUUCUUGGAUGAAGGAAAAUAUUCCUUUCUAAUAAGAAAUAUCAUAAUUAUUCUAGAUGUUAAUAACUUAACAUAAACCUACAUUUGUUGAAUAACAAAUAAUCUUUUCUUAUAUUAAAAUGAUGAUUUUAGUAUAUUUUAGGAAUGGAGUAUCAAAAUUAGCUUAAAGAACACUACCUUUAUUAAUGAACUUAUUAAGUGAAUACAAAAAAUAUUGUAUAUAAUAACCAUUAUUGAUUGCAUUUGAAGAUUUUGAUGAAUUAUCUAAUUCUUAAGCAAAUUAAUUGAUCUAAAUUAUGUUGGAUAAUGCAAGUGAUUGGAGUAUAAGUAAUACUUUAUAGUAAAAGUAACUUAUUGCUUAGUUGAUAUCUUUUAUUUGGAAAGAAGAGAGUGUUAUUAUUAAUAAAUAAAUUGUUUAAACUACUCCUCAAUAAUUUUAGCAUUCUGCUAUAAUUUAGAAACCUUAAAACAAUGAAAAUCCUUCAUACGAAGAUCAAAUGUCUAUGUAAAAUUUUUAAAGGUUUAAUACAGCAUUUGUAAUAGAACAAUAAAAAACUGAAUAAACAAAUUCAGAAAAAAAGAAUUUUCAAGCUAAAAACAUAAAUUUUAAUGGAAUGCCUUAAAUCAACUCAUAAAUGAAUAGUGGAAAUAAAAAUCAGUUUCAAUAGCCACAAAAUAUUCCAAAUUAAAUGGAAAUUGAAAUAGAUUAGAAUGUUACAAUAUUUUAAUAGAUGUAUUAUAAGUUUAGAGAAACAAAUACUUUUGAGAAUCCUUAAUUUUUGGCAGAUUAAAUUAUACUUUUAUUAAACAAUUUUAUAAAGGAAUAAUCAUAUGAUAAACUUAAUUAAAUAUUAGAAAAACUUUUGCAUAUACUAUCAUCAGGUUAAUUUUUGAAAUAUAUAUCGUAUGAUAAAUUUUAUACCAUUUUUGAUAUGUUAAUUUUUAAAAUGGUCGAAGAAUCAACUAAGUCAAUUAACAAAGAAGGAGCUCAAAAAAGUUGUUAUAACUUUAUUAAUUAAAAUUUAAUAAAGAUCUUAAAUAAUUAAGAAUUAUCUAAUUUAUAUAUAGCUUUUUUAGACAUAUUAAUAAAAGUAAAAGAAUCAGGAAAACAAACGAAAUAAUUUUAUACAUUAAUAACAAAAUGUUUGAGUAAAUCAGUAGGAUAAGUAAAAAGUUAAUUUUAAUGGCAAUAAUUACAAGUAAUUUUAGAAAAGAUUAAUAAAUAUUUAAUUUUAUGUUCAAAAUCUGAAGCAAAUUAAGAGUUUUAAGAGUCUCAUGAAUUCUUAUUAAAAGCACUAAAAUCUACAGUUAUAUAUCUUUUACAUUUUAAUGAUGGAACUAGAGUCAGUUAAUGUAUAAUGUAAUUAACAAAUGAAAAAUCAAUUUUAAGAUAAUGGUUGUUAGAAUUAUAAGAGAAUAAUUUAGCAAAAUAAAGGAGAUCAAGAGAUACACAUAUAAAUUAAAUUAUAGAAUUACUUAAAAUAGAUUUUGAUAAGAGUGUAGAACAAUUUGUUUCAAUAGUCAGAAGAUAAAAUAUUAAUUGGAAACCUUUGGUUGAAUUUUUGAGUUAAUAAUAAAUAAAAUUUAUAGAAUUAAGAUUAGAUCAGACUACUCAUAUGAAUUUAUUGGAGAAAAAAGUAGGAGAAUUAGAGAAGAUGCUAAAUUAAUGA